AUGUCUAAACACAACAACCAUUCAUCCUUUCCACUCCGCUCUCCGAAUCACAGCCUCAUCCUUGAAAGCCUUCCCGAAGAAUUAUGGCUCACGAUUAUAUCCUUUGUGGAUUAUCAUUCUCUUUGUGCAUUGGAAAAGACAUGUUGCUUUUUUCGGAAAGAACUUUUAAAUCGGGAUGGAUUUAUGAAAUUAUUAAUUAAUAAUUUAGUGGUGGUGGUGAAUAAUUAUUCUUCAUCACAGCAUGUGAAUAAUGAAAAAUCUGGAUUUCAACAUGUUUUCGAUGAUGAUGAAUUAUAUGAACAAGAAGAGGAUUAUGUUUUUCAAAAUAAUUUUGUUUUUGAUAGUCAUUGCCAUGAAGAAACAGCUGAUUUAGUCAUUCAAGAAAUUAAACAUGGACAUCGACAACGAUCGACACAAAUUCUGAGAGAGUAUUUCUUUGAAAAAAUUAUGAAAGAAGAUUACAGAGAAAUUGAGAGAGAAUAUAUGAUGAAUUAUUUGGUUCUUGAAGAAUUUAAAUUUCAGUCAUUGCGUGAUGUGUAUAUUGCCUGUCACUUGUUUAAUGUCAAUCCAUUUGUCUCAUGGAGAAAGAUUUUACCGACCAAGAAAAAUAAUGAACAAUAUAACGCAAUUCUUAUGGAAAAUGCUGAAGAAUUGUGUGGAUUAAGAGUUCAUUGGAAAGGAAUUGUUAUUCAAAAUUCAAAUGGAAUGCUCACAUGUUAUUUGUAUGAUGAUGACGAAGAUGUCACAGAUUUGUUCAAUAUUGAACUCUCUGCAUUACCAAUUGUCAUCCUUAAACAUGUGAAAAAUCUCUCUGAUUUUAAAUAUUUGGACACUGUUGAAUUCAUUGCUGAAAUUGAAUCCAUGCCAGAUCAUGUGACAAGUAAUAGAAAUUUUCUUGGAUUUAUUCAAGGAGCUCACUCUGUUCUCGAUCAAUUUAGCUCUUCAAUUUCUCAAUACAUUCCUCACUAUAACGCAAUUGACACACUUUUAAAAUCUAAUUUAUAUGUGACUUUACGAGUGCAAGGAGAUGGAACGUUAAUUCGACAAGUAGCGAACAAUAAUUUAGAAAACAUUAAUCUCACUGUGACUCGAUUCACAAAAGAGGCAAAUGCUCAAGAAAAUCAUGGACAGGUUAUUCGUUGGAAUGCACAAAUUAUUUGGAAAUUCAUAUUUGGCACACAUCGAUAUCUUCUUGUGAGAUGCGUCGAUCCUCAAAGCGCUCUCCUUUGUUUGGUCAAGUGUGAAAAGCAAAUUUCCACCAAUUCACUUCCUUCUCCUGGAGAUACUGUUUCCAUUAAGGCAUCCAUUAUUGGAAAUCGAUUGUUGAAUCUGAAAAAAGUGCAUGAAGUGCUAACACAUGAAAGUGUCGACGAAAAAAAGAGGAACACUUCAACGACCUCUUUCCAUCACCAACUCUUUUCAAAUUCUAUUUUGCAGACUUCAGAGUCAACGUUGAUUUGGAAAGUGUUGAGGAUUAUUUUGAAAGUCUGUUGGUGGUUGUAUCUAGUUUUUGCAUGGAUUAUUGGGACAUGUACUGGAUUUACCUUGUAUUAA